CCGAAAAGGAAAAAACGUGGAAUCAAAUCUAGUGGUCAAAGCGACACGUUAGCGUUGGUGCAGCCUCCAUAAUAUCGCAGGACGCUACGCAAAUCCGUGUUCCUCUCCCAAGACCCAGUCGCGUAGAAUAUACGAUGGUCACUAUGAUGAUGGUCGCCGACACCGUCGCAGUAACCGCCGCCAAGGGUCUUGGCGUGCUUCGCGGCAUUCAAUCCACGUGUCACUUCUCCGUCGCCGAUUCCGCCGCCGAUCCGAUCUCCGCCAUGAUCCAGACCUACGACGCUGUCGCGCCGCCGCCGGUUAAGCCCACUGCGUACCGGCUACGACGCCGGACGCUUCUUCGGAGAAAACAACGCACCCGACGCAGGUUGUCGGGUGACGACUCCGGGGACGCCGGGAACGAGGGUUUCCUCUUCGGCGACGGCGGCGACGGUCCUUUUGGCGGUGGAAGCUUCGGCGGCGGCGGCGGUGGUUGGAAUUUCAAUAGAUUUGGGGGCGGGAACAAUUGGGAUGAACCCUCGUCUUCGGUGCCAGAUCCUGCUUUUGAUUUCGUUUAUCAAGUGCUGUCGUGGAUUAUGCUAUCGAAUUGCGUGCAUUUUGCGCUCAAGAAGAUUGUUCGAAUUGUUGCAGCUGGGUCGAUUGUGGAUUCCGAUAGGGAAAAGGUUCCCGCCAGAUUGGUUCCAAUUUGCUGAUUUGGUACCCUUUUAAACAAUGUUCAUAGGUCAAAUCCUCGUAAAUCAUUGCUAAUUGCGCAUUGCAUCCCUCUUUAUUUGUGCAUUUGCUGUAAAUAUAUUAUUGUAUAUAAUAAUUUAUCAUCUCAUAUCUAAUUCCGCUGUAAUUAUAUUUAUGUUUUUAUUUAUGGUUUGUCUUAGUGAUUAUAUCCUUUAUAUUUAAUUUCGUAAUGGUAUAGUGGAUGAAAUAAGAUUCUAGAUUGAGAUAUUGAUUAGCACAUAGUUAAGGCUAGUAUUGCAUCCAAACUAUGUAUCAUCCUUAUAAUGAUCGUGUAGAGAGACGAGAUAUUUGGAUGUUCUUUGAUAGUAGCUUCAAUAUUCCAUAAUCGAGGUCACAUUAUUUCUCGGCA